AUGCGUUACUCCAUUGCUGCAGCUUCGCUGUUCUCGACUUCGGCAUUUGCUGCUCUGUACCCUGGCCAGAGCAAUGUCAACCACACCUGUCAAUUGAGUGACNNCAACUCCGAUGCCGUCCUGUCGUGCUCCAGCGCCGCCAACCCCAACUCCGUCGACUCGUGCUGCGCAGAGACAUAUGGAGGACUCUUCCUCUCGACCCAGUUCUGGUCUACAUAUACUGGCCUUGAAACUGAAGGUCAAUUGCUGCCUGCCGAUGACUGGACGCUGCAUGGCUUGUGGCCUGACUUUUGCAAUGGCUCGUACACCCAGUACUGCGAUUUGAACAGACAGUACGAUCCUACGCCGUCGCCCAACACGACCAAUGCUUUGCCCAAUGGCACUGUGGUUCCUCCGUACAAGGGUCCCAAUAUUGGCACUUUCCUCGAGCCUUUUGGCAAAUACGAUCUUCUUUCGUGGAUGUCGAAAUACUGGAUCAAUUCCGGAGCUCCCAACCCCGACUUCUGGGGACACGAGUUCAGCAAGCACGGAACCUGCUUCUCGACCUUUGACGUGCCUUGCUACGGCCCCGAGUAUGUCCAGCACCAGGAAGUCGUCCAGUUCUUCGAGACUGCCAUCCUCUACUACCGUCGUCUCCCUACUUGGGAUUGGUUGAACCAGGCCGGCAUCAAGCCCAGCAACACCACCACCUACUCGAUCGGCCAAUUCCAGGACACCCUUACCAGAGGAUACGGUGCUCUUCCCUACAUCGGCUGUAGCGGUCCUAGAUACAACGAGACUACUGCCGGUGCUGGCUCGACCGACAAUGGCAGGACCCAGAUCUCCGAGGUUUGGUAUUACUUCCAUGUAAGUGUCAUGGUUUUCGAAACUCGAAGCAGCGAUCAACUAACGUGUAUUCUANNGGCUCUUGGUCAACCCCAGAGAGGCGCUUGGCUUCCCACCAACGCCACAGGCUCUGUUACCAGCUGCGCAAAGGCUGCCAACGCCCUUCGCUACCCUCUUCGUGCCAAUGGCUCCACCUGGCACCUGUAA